CAACGACGCUCCUUCUCAUCCUAGCUUGCUGAUCCAUUCCACUCCUUUGAAAUCGCAUAGCACAUCCAGGAUCUUGAUACUUGAGCAUCUUUGUCCUCCCAGCAACAUGGAGACGGCUUCAACAGCGGACGAUGCGGCUGGUCCGCCGUUGCAGGCCCCUGUAGCGCCUUCGACUUCUCUAGCCGAAAUCCCUGGUCUCGAUAUAGAUAGUCAAGCCAGUAUGGGGGAUAGCGAUUCCGCCAUUGGAAGCAUGGAGUCUUCGACGCAGUCACUCAGGGAUAGCAUCUAUGAAUACGUGGAAGAGAAUGGGCGGAGAUUUCAUAAAUACAAGCAAGGAAAUUACUUACUUCCGAACGAUGAGACAGAGCAAGACAGACUAGACCUCCAGCACCACUUGUUCACCCUGACGUUCGAUGGCAAGUUACACAUCGCCCCCAUCGAGGAACUGAAGGGUGGAAUUCACAAUGUUCUGGAUAUCGGAACUGGUACCGGUAUCUGGGCGAUUGACUUCGCGGCGACUUACCCAUCCGCAAACGUGGUCGGCACAGACCUGAGCCCCAUUCAACCAAACUUCGUCCCGGCCAACUGCAGUUUCGAGGUCGACGAUGCAGAAGACGAAUGGGUCUUCCCCCAAAAGUUCGACUACAUCCACGGCCGCGCCCUGAUGUCCUGCUUCAAAAACCACAAGACAGUCUGGGAACAUGCCUUCAAAGCACUACGUCCAGGUGGAAUUCUCGAACUCCAGGACCUGCAGAUGCCGUUGCGUUACGUCGACUCCACAGGCGAGGGAACAGCCAUGAAGCUAUGGAACGAGCGCUUCAUGGCUGGUGCGCUCGUUCUUGGCCGUGACUUCACAAAAGUCGCGAAGUACAAGGCAGUCUUGGAGGAAGUGGGCUUCGCAGACGUGGUAGAGAAGCUGUAUUAUUGGCCCGUUGGGACGUGGGCCAGGGGCAAGAAGAUGAAGACUUUGGGGGCGUGGUACAGAGAGGAUUGUCUCGCGGGACUGCAUGCAGCGAGCGCGCUUAUCUUUACGAGGGCCCUGAAGAUGACGCCUGAUGCGGUGGAGUUGUUUUUGGUGGAUGUGAGGAGGGAUAUGAGGGACAAUCGGAUUCACGCUUAUGUUCCUGUAUACGUUGUUUAUGGAAGAAAGCCACAAUAGGAGUUGGCUUGACGAACUUGUCGCCGCUGUUGGCUGAGUAGCCGUAGAGGCUAUCUGGUUAAAGAUGAUAACAUCAUUAUUGGGCCAGUCUCUGUGCACGCUUCUACUCCGC